AUGGAUAACAACGUGACUACCAACCGAGAAACUACGAGGAGCACACACACUUAUACUUUCCAUCGCGAGGGUAUGGUUCAAUUGGGACAAUUGGGUGAAUUGGUCACUGGUCAUAAUGAAACAGUGUUCAGUGGCAACUAUGGCAACAUAUUAUCUCUUCUGUAUUCGCGUGUCGACGAAUGGGCCUUAUCUACUCUUCUUCAGUUCUACGACCCAGAUAUCCGUUGUUUCACAUUUUCAGAUUAUCAGCUAGCUCCCACUCUCGAAGAGUACUCUUACCUCCUCAACAUCAAGAUUCAACACAGAGUGCCUUUUGUUUGUGUCCCAGAGAAACCUAGGUUGGAUUACAUUGCCAACGCUCUUUAUUUGAGCUUGGGGGAUGUUCAUGAUAACUGGAAGAAGAAGGGUGAUACUCAUGGCUUCCACAUGAGUUUCCUGGUUGAAAAAGCUCAAGAAUUUGCCGACAAAGGAAUUUGGGAGGCUUUCAAUGCUAUUUUGGCCGCUCUGAUCUAUGGAAUUGUGAUGUUUCCCAACAUUCACAAGUUCGUUGAUUUGGCUGCUGUAUGUCUUUUUAUGGACAAGAAUCCAAUACCCACCCUAUUGGCUGACACAUAUUAUUCCAUUCACUCUCGGCAUGGUAAAAGAGGGGCUAUUAGAGGUUGCUUGCCGCUGUUAUAUAAAUGGUUCAAAUCUCACUUACCUGCUAGUGGUCCGUUUGUUACCUCUACUCAGAAAUGGUCUCAGAGAAUCAUGGGACUUACUGCAAACGACAUCGUAUGGUAUCAAUUCCGAACAGGCAUAUCUGAAGUCAUUAUCAGGUGCGGAAACUUUGGUAACGUCCCGCUCAUUGGGACAAGAUGUAUUAACUACAACCCAGUUCUAGCCCUUCGUCAGUUGGGCUAUACCAUGAAGAGUGGGCCUUCGGAUAGGGAGAUUUACCAAUCCGUAUACUUUGAGAAAGGAGCUGACCCUGUAGCACUUGAGGAAAUCAGGAAAGCCUGGAACAACAUUCAUAUAGGUGAGAGAUCCACUCUGGGAGCCAAGAAUGCCAUUGCUAUGGAGCCCUAUACCGAUUGGGUUAAGGAGAGAGUCAAGACACUUCUGUUACCAUUCCCGAGGGUCCCUCUCUUAUAUGCACAACCCCCGAAGAUAUCAGAAACUAUGGUAUCAAAGGAACGUUUUGACCAGGUCCGCGUCGCCAAUUUGAGACUGAAAGAGAAAGAUAGGGAUAUGGAUUUGAAGCGCUAUUUCCUUAAGCAGACAAAGAAUGAACUGGCCCGUGAACUUAAAACUCUCAAAGGAGAGUCUUCUCAAGCCAGGAAGAGGGUUAGAACUGAAAAGGACGGAAAAGCUGUUGUCGCUCCUACUGAAGAUCCUCAAAAGGUUAUAGAAAAGGCUAUAAAGGAAGAAAAAGAGAAGCUCAGACGAGAGUAUCAGGAAGACCUGAAAGCCCACAAGCUCCGACUGGAGAAAGAAACCAAAUCACCACCAGAUUUGUUGGAUGGGGUCUCUAUUGCUCUUUAUAUUGAAACAUUGUUAUUUGUGUUUGAACCUACUCGCCUUAGGGGGCCAUUAUGA